AGCAAGUAACAUGUGACUUGUGUGUUUGGUAGUUGACCACUUGGUCAGUUAUUGUUAUUCUUCACCAUUUACAUGCUCUCUCCAUUUCUUAACAGUUUCAAUUCAACCAAAUAGCAACCAACCCCAUCUUUCACUUCUCAAUCUCCGCCUCUUCCUCUUCUUUCUCUCUGGUAGCACAGGAGUCAGGAACAAUGUCUGAUAAAAUCACAGCAGAAAAUCUCCUUCACAACCUUGUGGAUACAUUAUCUGACAGGCCAAAGAAAGUUUCAUUCUUUGAGGAAGAUAAAUCAAAAUCAGUGAGCUCCGAGAUCAACAGACUGUUUGGACGCGAGAAACCUGUACACCAUCUUUUAGGAGGUGGAAAAUCUGCGGAUGUUAUGUUAUGGAGGAACAAGAAGAUUUCUGCUAGUUUUUUAACCGCUGCAACAAUUGUAUGGGUGCUAUUUGAAUGGCUCAAUUAUAAUUUCAUUUCUCUUGUUUGUUUUGCCUUGGUUCUUGGCAUGCUCGCGCAGUUUCUGUGGUCAAAUGCUUCUGGUUUGUUUAACAGUACACCAUCUAAAGUGCCCCGGGUCGUUGUCCCAGAAGAGUUAUUUGUGAAUAUUGCAACUGUAAUCGGGAAUGAGGUUAACCGUGGAUUGAGGUUUCUUCAAGAUAUUUCUUGUGAAGGAAACUUGAAGCUUUUUCUGAUUGCUGUAGCAAGUUUGUGGGCUGGUUCAGUGAUAGGGAGCUGGUGCAAUUUUUUGACUGUCAUCUAUAUAGGUAUUAUUGCUGCACAUACACUUCCAGUUCUGUAUGAAAAGUACGAGGACGAAGUUGACGACUUCGUGUACAAAGUCAUUGGUCAGAUGCAACAUAAUUAUAGAAAGCUGGAUGCUGGUGUGCUCAAAGGAAAGCUCAAAGGAAAGAAGCAUGAUUAGGUUUGUUAUGUAAAUUAAUGGUUGAUGGAAAUAAUAAUUAGGGGGAUGAAAACAUUUCUGCCUUAUGAAUGAUAUUUGAGUGAAAGAAAGUUGUUUAUGUAAAUGAUAUUUCAUGUUGAAAAUUAUCUGCAAGAGUUUGAUUCUAGUUUA